AUGAAAACCAUCAUCGUUCUUUCCCUCCUGGCUGUAGCCAUCGCCGCACCUCAAGCACCUACCGAGCCAAUUCCAAUUGUCCGUCAAGACAGCCAAAUCAACCCAGAUGGCUCCUAUCAAUAUUCAUAUGAAACUGGGAACGGCAUAACCGCUGAGGAGAAGGGAGCUUUGAAGAACAUCGGAGCUGAGGAGCCAGCUUUGGAAGUUCAAGGUCAAUUCCAGUACCCCAGCGAGGACGGUGGUAGCAUUCAGUUGACCUACAUCGCCAACGAGAACGGAUUCCAGCCUCAGGGAGCGCAUCUGCCAACUUCUCCACCUAUUCCCGAGGCCAUCCAGCGUGCGCUUGAUUACUUGGCCACCGCUCCACCACAACCAGAGAAUGGAAGCCAA